CGCGCGCGGCGUGGAUCGCGGCCGGAGCCGCCAUUGUUCCGCCGAGGGACGACAGCGGGGCCUGGCACUGGCGCCGAGACGCCGCUUAGCGGCCGCCACUGGAGACACUCCUUCCCGCCGCCCCCCUCCUCUUGGCGGCGGCGGAGCGAGGCUGUCUAGGGGGACCUGGGAGCCCCCUCUCCUGGCGGCGGCAGCUGCCGCUCCCCGGCUCCGGCGCGAGGGGCGGCCGCGAUGCGCUCAGCCUGAGGCAGUCCGGCCCGGCCCUUCUUCGCCUCCCCUGACUCUUGUACAGCGUCCGUGCGCCCCGGCGUCAUCCUGCGAGUCUCGUUGACGGAGGGAAGAUGGCUGCACAGAGCUGGCAGGACGAGCUGGCCCGGCAGGCCGAGGAAGGCUCGGCUCGGCUGCGGGAAAUGCUUUCGGUUGGCCUAGGCUUUCUGCGCACCGAGCUGGGCCUCGACCUGGGGCUGGAGCCGAAGCGGUACCCGGGUUGGGUGAUUCUGGUGGGCACCGGCGCGCUGGGGCUGCUGCUACUUGUCCUGCUCUGCUACGGCUGGGCCGCGGCUUGCGCUGGCGCCCGGAAAAAGCGGAGGAGCCCGCCCCGCAGGCGGGAGGAGGCGGCGGCAGUGCCGGCCUCGGCCCCUGACGAUCUAGCCCUGCUGAAGAAUCUCAGGAGCGAGGAGCAGAAGAAGAAGAACCGGAAGAAAUUGCCCGAGAAGCCCAAACCUAAUGGACGGACUGUUGAAGUGGCUGACGAGGAAGUUGUCCGAACUCCUCGAAGUAUUACAACAAAGCAGCCCUUAGAGACAGAUAAGAAAAAUGAAAAGUCAAAGAAAAAUAAGAAGAAAUCAAAGUCAGAUGCUAAAGCAGUGCAAAACAGUUCACGCCAUGAUGGAAAGGAAGUUGAUGAAGGAGCCUGGGAAACUAAAAUUAGUCACAGAGAGAAACGACAGCAGCGUAAACGUGAUAAGGUGCAGACUGAUUCUGGUUCAUUGGAUUCAACUAUCCCUGGGAUAGAAAAUACCAUCACAGUUACCACCGAGCAACUUACAACUGCAUCAUUUCCUGUUGGUUCCAAGAAGAAUAAAGGUGAUUCUCAUCUAAAUGUUCAAGUUAGCAACUUUAAGUCUGGAAAAGGAGAUUCUACACUUCAGGUUUCUUCAGGAUUGAACGAAAACCUCACUGUAAAUGGAGGAGGCUGGAAUGAAAAGUCUGUGAAACUCUCCUCACAGAUCAGUGCAGGUGAGGAGAAGUGGAACUCUGUUUCGCCUGCCUCUGCAGGCAAGAGGAAAAGUGAGCCGUCUGCCUGGGGCCAAGACACUGCAGAUGCUAAUGCAAAUGGAAAAGACUGGGGAAGGAGUUGGAGUGACCGUUCAAUAUUUUCUGGCAUUGCUGCUUGGUCUAGUGUGGAUAGGGGAAUGAAUACCUCUGAACAGAAUUCUUCUUUUGCAUCUCUCACACUUAACUCUGCUGUUUCUGGGUCUACUGCUGAGCCAGUUUCUCAUUCUACCACUUCUGAUUAUCAGUGGGAUGUUAGCCGUAAUCAACCCUAUAUCGAUGAUGAAUGGUCUGGGUUAAAUGGUCUGUCUUCUGCUGAUCCCAGCUCUGAUUGGAAUGCACCAGCAGAAGAGUGGGGAAAUUGGGUAGAUGAAGAAAGAGCUUCACUUCUAAAGUCCCAGGAACCAAUUCCUGAUGAUCAAAAAGUUUCAGAUGAUGAUAAAGAAAAGGGAGAGGGAGCUCUUCCAACUGGGAAAUCUAAAAAGAAAAAAAAGAAAAAGAAGAAGCAAGGCGAAGAUAACUCUCCUGCACAGGACACAGAAUUAGAAAAAGAGAUUAGAGAAGAGCUUCCAAUGAAUACCUCUAAAGUCCGUCCAAAACAGGAAAAAACUUUUUCUUUGAAGACCAUAAGCACUAGUGAUCCAGCUGAAGCACUCAUCAAAAAUAGCCAGCCUAUCAAGACUCUUCCACCUGCUAUUCCUACCGAGCCAUCUGUUAUUUUAUCAAAAAGUGAUUCUGACAAGAGCUCUUCCCAAGUGCCACCGAUACUACAAGAGACAGAUAAAUCCAAGUCAAAUACUAAGCAAAAUAGUGUGCCUCCUUCACAGACCAAGUCUGAAACUAGCUGGGAAUCUCCCAAACAAAUAAAAAAGAAGAAAAAAGCCAGACGGGAAACGUGAAUAUAUUUUUCCUGAAUUGGACAUGUGUUUGCAAACACUGUCUGGAAGAUUAUGCUGUUUAUGCAAUAAUUUGUGAACAUGUACAGAGUUUUAUAUAAAUUUAAACCAAUUUUUAAAACAAAACUGUGAACACAACCACCGUAAAAAUGGAAUCAAAGGAAAGUUAAUUUAUGAAAUUCAGAGGUCAGCAGAAUAUACUCCAGUGCUGGAAGACACUUGGGGAAAGUCUUUUCAAUUGAACAAGAACGAUCUUAAUUUAAAAAUCCUAUCCUGGUUUUACAGCAGUGCCCUGUUUACAACAGCUUGUGCCCUGUCUCAUCUGCAGCUGAGGAAUAAAGGAUUCUAAUUAGAGAGAGGGCUGCCUGCGGGUGCGUAGGCAGCAUCUGCGAUCUUAUGCACGAAACUUAACCAUUUGAAUCUGUUUUAUGCUUAAAGUGCUUUGAUCAAGUGCAUAAUCUGCCAUAUCUUUACAUGUAUGUUGGUAGCGGUUUGUAUUAAAGGAAUCACAAGUGCAAAUAAAAGGUCAUUUAUCAUUUGUUAACUAAACUCAUGGUUUAGUUUACAAUUUUUAAAAAGUUCUUAAUUAAAACAUUGAACAUGCAGUUGAUGCUUGUAUGGCUUAUGAAGUUAUUUUUGAUAGUCUUACAUUACUUGAAUUGUUCAAAGUUCAGUAUAUUUUAAAUUAAGAAAGGUAAACUAUAUGUAUUUGUUUUAUACUUUGAAGGUUCAGACUCACAAAUAAUGCUCUUGUUUAGAAUUUGGAAACUUUCAGGCCAAGUCCAACUUAACAUUUCUCCCUUUCCCUAGCAGUUUCUUUUUUCCAGCAUCAACUCUUCUCUUCAUUGCUAAUACUUCAACUUUAAAAAUGAAACCUUUCACAAAUUAGUCAUACAGACAGAACUUUGAGUAUAUGAUGGAGAAUGAAAAACUAGAGUCAGACAGCUUUAAUUGACAUUGUCAAGACCUCCAGUUAUCAGGAAUACAUUUUUUUACUGCCUUAACCUAUAGUGCGUAGAAUAUGCAUCAAUUUCUUGAGGGGGAUUCGUGUUUUUAUAAGAAUUUUCAUGUAAUUAUUGCAAUCGUGGUCAAAUAAGGAACGUUUUCUGCUUGAAACUAUUGAUUUAAAUGACGUGCGAGAUGUUUCACCAUUUUCAGGCACUGUGUAAUUCUAUUGUAAUAAACUGGCAGGUAUCUUUGUAACUAUAAAUAGUGCAUGCUCAGCCAUGUACACUGUAAAUAGCCUUUACCAAACGUGUUUGACAAGGACCAUAAUUAACAUCACUUAGUGAAUUGUGAUAAAGAAAAAAAGCCAUGAUUUAUUUGAUGUGAUUGGCUUGUUUUUACGUGGCGCCAAGAAUGAAACUGUUGAACAGCUGUAACCAAUGGUACUGAUCUGUCCAUCCAAUCUUGUCUUUAUUAGAUCUGAUUGUGGUUUGAUAGUAUUGCAUCGUCACACUAGGAAAGCUGAAGAAACACAAUGGUUUUAGUAACUGCUGAAGACUGGCCUUAUUAAUGGACAGCUUUCCUAAUAAGCGAUUAGUAACUUCUAUCAGGUGUUACCAUCUGUUUCAGGAACAGGGCAGUAUGUUUACAUGUCCGAAGUCUUGUUUCAUUCUAUGAGAUUUCUAAAUUGAUUUGUUUAAAUAAAUUCAGCAAACGGAUA